CUCAGUGUAUGAAGGCUUUCCCUCCCCUCUUCCUUGGAUGACGAUCACUUCCCAAUUCCACCGCGCCGUGGCGUCUGGAGUGAAACGUCUAGAGCGGGAAAUUCGUAUGAAUGGAUUGCCGGUUAUUGUUGUGUUCCCCUAGCUAGGCCCUAGCCUACCUCUCGUUAAUAUAUGAUGAUGAUGACUGAUUCGGUUAGACCGAAUAGAUCACGCAAGAUUGUUGACUAUACAUUAAUUGGAGGAGAUGAAAGUGAUGAUGAUUUUGAUGUUCCAACUCCACCACUUAAAAAGCCUAAGGUAGACAAGAAAGCCAAAAAUAAAUUGAUGCAACCUGCAAAAACCAAGCCAACAAAAGAGAAGAAAGCAAAAGAAAAAAAUGUGGAACAGCCAGUGAAGCGAGACAGGGUGUCUUUGGAAAAAUUGGAAGAACAGUCAUUUGAAAGAGAGCUGCGAAGGGUGAUGGAAUUAUCAAAGCAAGAAUCCCAAGGGAACGAGAAAAAGGAAAACAAACACAACAAAAUAGAAGCUGAAAUGCACAACCAAGGGGAACAGCGAUUGGAAAUAGAUAAAGAAAACAAACCAUCUGCUGUGACUGUUACAUCUGCAACGUCAGUGCCUCAUCCCCAACUAAAUCAAAAUUUUGUCACCACUAAUCAAGAAUCAGGCAUUGAGGUCUUGGAAGAAGAUUUCAGAGAGGACGCCAGACCAUCACGGAGAGCAGCUUCCAGAAAGUCUUUAGCAGAGGUCUAUAUAGAUGAUGAUGAUGAUGGAGAUGAUGAUUUUUAUGUUGGUGAUGUAGAUAAUGGUAGUGAUGGCAAUUUCUCUGAUGAUGGUGAUGAAAGUGACUAUGAGAUAUCAACAUCAAAAAAGAAAAAUUUGAAGGAAAGUAAAAAGAAAACAGUCAAAAAUAAACCAAAAGAAAAUAGUAGUUCCAAGAAAUCUAAAGCAACUUCAGGUAAAUCAUCCAAGAAUAAAGCAUCACCAGCCAACAGCAACACAUCAAGCAACAUACAUCCAACAGCACCCAUUCCAACAAAAAGAGCUGCCAUUCCAGCUACAAUUAAAACAAUAGGAAAAGGGUUCACACCACCAGCAACCAGUGGUACAUCGAUGUCUGUCACCAUCACACCUAAACAGAUCAACAGAAAACCAAUACUCCCUUCUCCUGGUGGACCUAAUCCCUUGGGAGGCGUGAAGCUAAUAUCACCAGGUCAACCUCGACGCCUUGGACUGUCUCGCUUUGCCAGGGUUAAACCUCUUCAUAACCUACAACUGCCAACGUGACACGCUUUUGGUCACCUGCGUACUAGUAUUUAAAGGAUAGAACUCCAAAGAUCUAGUCAGCUGUUACCUUGCAUGUAUUAAAAAAUCAAAAUCAUUAGGCCUUCUUCUAUAUGGCAUCAUAACAGAGGCGGCUCAAAGGAUCUGUCCAAAGUAGUCCAGCUCUUUGAGAGGUGUUCUGAAAUUUUUGUAUGUUGGGCAGCGUGGUCAGACAGCAAAGACCCAGGAGUAAAAAAAUGGGCAUUUUUGGGCCAUUUUAGGCUUUUCAGAGACAUUUUACAGUGUAAAAUACACAAAAUAUUUAUAUAGAAAAAAAAUUGACUUGGCCUGUCUCUGACUUUGGCUUAAGUCACUGCCCUCCCCCAUUGUACUACCGCAUCAUAGGUAUUUGUAAAAAGUGUGGGUUAUAUGUAUGUAGCAAAUCAGAGAUCUUGUAUACAGUUUAUUUAAAAUAAGGUAAACUGCUCAUCUCUAGGUAAAUAUGGGUUUAAGCAGGCCUCCUACAGGAAACUAAAUAAUAAAUAGCAGUAAUAGUAAAUUAAUCUUGUACAUUAAUAGUACAUGCAAGAUAUCCUAAUGACCAUUUUAAUAUAUUAUAAAUAUUUUAAUUGGCUGUAAGUGGUACAGUAUUUAAAAAUC